UAGACCUUGGCAAUUCAUCAACUAACCAAGUAAUACAAGCCACAAAGAUCUACGGUCGAUAUAAUUCGUAAGCUCAGUUCUACGAAGAAAACAACCUUCUUAUCCAGGUAAUCAAUCCCGGUUCCCUUAUGCCGGAAGCAGCAUUGACCUUGUCUCCGGAGCCACCGCGGCGCUCAUAUCCGAACGACUGAGAUCCAUUCUUGACCAAUCGUCGACCCCACGAGCUGCGGACGUAACCCCUUCCACGGCGCCAUCUUAAGAUGCAGCUAACUUUGCAGGCGGGCCCAUGUCGGUCAACCAUAUAGAGCGCACACAUUAUAAAUACUUAUAAUCCCUAUAGGUUGUUGAAUUUCUUGGUCAAGACGUUUUGGUCGUGAGCAUUGUUAAGACCGCAAAGAGCUUCGAAGAGCUUCACAUGAUGGUGAACCUACUUACGCUAGCACAGAGGCUACCUCUCCUGGCCUCCUGUGUUAUAGCCGGAGCUAGCUUUCCGUCUAUACCUGUUGACUUGACAACUCCGUUCCAGCAGCGGCUUGCUAUCAACGGCCCUAAUGCCAUCUCCGUGGGCUGGAAUACAUACAAAAAGAUAGACAAGCCUUGCGUCCAAUAUGGCACAUCCAGCAACGCGCUCACUUCUCAGGUUUGCUCCACUAACUCGGUCACUUAUCCAAGCUCACGCACUUACGCCAACGUGGUCGUACUCACGGGCCUGUCACCCGCUACCACAUAUUAUUAUAAGAUAGAAUCGACGAAUUCUACCGUUGAGCAUUUCUUUAGCCCGCGGACAGCCGGCGAUACGACCCCUUUCGCCAUGAAUGCCGUCAUCGAUCUGGGUGUCUAUGGCGCUGACGGAUAUACCAUCAAAAUGGACGAAACCAAAAGGGAUACAAUCCCGCACAUUGACCCGUCGCUAAAUCACACAACCAUCAACCAGCUGGCCAACACGGUCGACGACUACGAAUUCAUCGUACAUCCCGGAGACUUCGCGUAUGCUGAUGACUGGAUAUUGAAGCCUAAGAAUCUCCUCGACGGCGAGAACGCCUUCCAGGCUAUCCUGGAGCAGUUCUACGACCAGCUAUCACCUAUAUCCGGCCGUAAAGCCUACAUGGCUAGCCCGGGCAAUCACGAAGCCUCCUGCCAAGAAAUCCCCCAUACGUCGGGACUGUGCCCCGCGGGACAGAAGAACUUCACCGACUUCAUGAACCGGUUCGGCGACACCAUGUCAACCGCUUUCCCGUCGACCUCCGCCGCCGACGCUGCCAAGAUCAACGCCAACAAGGCGCAGGUGUUGGCGAACCCGCCUUUCUGGUACUCGUUCGAGUACGGCAUGCUUCACUUCGUCAUGAUCAACACGGAGACGGAUUUCGACGAUGCGCCGGACGGACAGGGUGGGUCCGCGGGCCUCAACAGCGGCCCCUUCGGCGCCCCCGACCAGCAGCUGCAAUUCCUCGAGGCGGACCUGGCCUCCGUAGACCGCACGGUAACGCCUUGGCUCGUGGUCGGCGGCCAUCGGCCGUGGUACACCACCGGCGGCGACGGCUGCACGGCAUGCCAAAAGGCGUUCGAGCCGCUGUUCUACAAGUACGGCGUCGACCUGGCGAUAUUCGGGCACGUGCACAACUCGCAGCGCUUCCAGCCGACCUACAAGAACACCGCCGACCCGAAGGGGAUGAACGACCCCGCGGCGCCCAUGUACAUCGUGGCGGGCGGCGCGGGGAACAUCGAGGGCCUCAGCGCGGUGGGGAGCAACGUGUCGUUCAACGCCUUCGCGUACGCCGAUGAUUUCAGCUACGCCAAGAUAAACUUCUUGGAUACGAAUAACCUCCAAGUCGACUUCAUUAGGUCGGCUACGGGCGAAGUGUUGGAUACUUCGGUCUUGCAUAAGUCGCACAAGCAGCAAUUUGUUGUCCAAUAAGUGUUGAUGUAGUGUAUACCAAGAACCUUGCAUAUAACACGCAAAUGAAUAAAUAAAUAGCUGCCAGUAGGGCGUAUUUGUGGAACAAUAAAGCUAUAAAAAAAAGAGCCCCCAAAUCUGCCUACCUAGUACCUCUGUAAGGAUCACCUCUUCGAGCCAUAAUAUGCAGAUAUCAAGAAGUUUUGCGUUCGCAAAGACAGACGCUGAGAAACCUCCUUUAUACCUGGUAUGCAUGUGAACAAGCCGUUGGACCCUAGGUACCUCCUAAGCUAUUGAUGAUCGACAUCGAUGAUGCCUAGGGCAUCGUACAAAAUAGGGAUUAAACUUUAGACUUGCCGGGAAACUUUUGCUUAAGUUAGAUUUUGUGGACGGG